AUGGCUCGUAACGAGGAGAAAGCGCAGUCGAUGCUCAACAGAUUCGUCACCAUGAAAGAAUCCGAGAAGAAGAAGAAGCCGUUACAGCGCCGCCCCUACCUCGCCUCCGAGUGCCGCGACCUCGCCGACGCGGACAAAUGGAGGCACCAGAUCACGCGGGAGAUCAGCCGCAAAGUCGCGGAGAUUCAGAACGAAGGAUUAGGCGAGCACAGGCUCCGCGACCUCAACGACGAGAUCAACAAGAUUCUGAGAGAGAGAGAGAUGGCACUGGGAGAGACGGAUCGUUGA